CUCCCUCCAGACCGAGCUCAGUGACUGGCAGUGGGUCCCUCCGCGCGCUGCCAUGACCACGUCCUUCAGGCAGAGCUCUUCCUCUACCUACGGCGGUGGCUUUGGGGGUGGUGGCAGCAGCUGCUCUCGCCUCUCCUCGGUCCGCUCGGGAGGAUCCUACAGGGCUCCAAGCAUACACGGAGGAUCUGGUGGCAGGGGGGUCUCUGUCUCUUCGGCUCGGUAUGUCUCCUCCGUAGGGAGCGGAUAUGGUGGUGGCUUGAGUUCUGGUUUUGGUAGUGGCUAUGGGGGAGGCUACGGAGGAAGCGGUGCCUUGCAAAGUGGCUUUGGCUGGGGUGCAAGCUGCGGCUUUGGUGGAGGGGCCGGCUUUGGUGGAGGGGCCGGCUUUGGUGGAGGUCUUGACUUUGGGGGUGGCGAUGGCCUUCUCUCUGGAAACGAGAAGAUAACUAUGCAGAAUCUGAACGACCGCCUGGCCGCGUACCUGGACAAGGUACGAGCGCUGGAGGAGGCAAACGCUGAUCUGGAGGUCAAAAUCCGAGACUGGUAUCAGAAGCAAGCUCCCACCAGCCCAGAGCGAGACUACAGCCACUAUUACAAGAUAAUUGAAGAUCUCCGAGACAAGAUCCUUGCAGCUACUAUUGACAAUUCCAGAAUCAUUUUGGAGAUUGACAACGCCAAGCUGGCUGCAGAUGACUUCAGACUGAAAUACGAGAAUGAGCUGUUCCUGCGCCAGAGCGUGGAGUCCGACAUCAACGGCCUGCGCAGGGUCCUGGAUGAGCUGACCCUGUCCAGAGCUGACCUGGAGAUGCAGAUCGAGAACCUGAAGGAGGAGCUGGCCUACCUCAAGAAGAACCACGAGGAGGAAAUGAAAGAAUUUAAAAAUCAGCUAAGCGGAACAGUCAAUGUAGAAAUGGAUGCUGCUCCUGGAAUCGACCUGACCAGGAUACUGUCGGAGAUGAGGGAACAGUACGAAGCUCUGGCGGAGAAGAAUCGUAAGGAUGCUGAGGCCUGGUUCUUCACCCAGACUGAUGAGCUGAACCGUGAAGUAGCCACACAUACACAACAGAUACAGACCAGCAAAUCGGAGAUCACAGAGCUGAGACGCACGUUCCAGGGCCUGGAGAUAGAGCUCCAGUCCCAGCUCAGCAUGAAAGCUGGACUGGAAGCCAACUUGCGAGAUACCGAAGCACGAUACUGCGCACAACUAGCACAGAUUCAGACCCUCAUCACCAACGUUGAGGAGCAGCUGAGUGAACUCCGAUGCGACAUGGAGCGUCAGAACCAGGAGUACCGGAUGCUCAUGGACAUCAAAAGCCGCCUGGAGCAGGAGAUCGCCACGUACCGCCAGUUGCUGGAGGGCCAGGACUCUCAGAUGUCGGGAUGGAGCUCCAAGGAUGCACAUCUGAGCAGCGGAAGAGUUCGCAUCAGCGUGGAAGAUUCAGUAGAUGGAAAAGUUGUUUCUACUCGCGAAAAGAAAUUCCCCUAAAAUGAAAUACUGAAUGCCCUCUUGUACAUGCGAUCAUCUGUACUGUACCCCUUAUAAAAACGGUACACUCUUGAGAGGGAAUUCGGGAAAUAACUUCGAGUAAAGUGACAAGGAAACCAUUCAGUAUACAUACUGGCUAAUGCUAACAGAAAUAUUCUUCUACUUUCGCCAAAUCACAAGAAUUUAAUCCAAUAAUGUGCAACAGCUUGGUGUCUUUCCUUAAAUUUGCUGAAAUUUGCUCUCCCUUUUUACGUAAUUCUUUGGCUCUACAGCUCAGCGGUGAAGAGCCUGUUUCCCGUCAGUAGCUAUACGGCACUCUUACGAAAGAACAUAAUAAAGUUGCUCUCCUGCUUGUGCAAAUACA